AUGUGUAAAAAUAUAGUUUUAAAAUUUGAUAUCUAUGAGAAGGAAAAGAAUGGCAGCGAAUUCAGAAACAUCUUCUCAAAGCAAUAUGAAAAGUCUUUAGAAGCACCUAAAAUCAGUGAAUUGAAAGCACGUUUCGCAAAAACCGAAACUAUCAUUAACUGGAAACUUCAAGAUUACGAAAAUUGCAAGGACAAAGAAUUGCAAUUCUUCCUAUUUGGUGAUAAAACGGUUAUGCAGAUGGCUAAAGGACAAGAAAUCAGGAUUCCAUUUUUAACAAGAGGUAAAACCUACACUGUAUACGCCUUUCCAAAUCAUAUGGAUACUGAAACCGCUGUAUACACAAACACUGGAGUUGAUAUCAAAGUUCCUUAAAUAUGUGCCUCAAUGGUAAUGAGGAUGAUGUGGAGCUGGUCGCUUGGACAAUCGACAGUUUAUGAUUAUCAAAACUCUC